AUGCUCCUCCCAUUCCUCCUAACCCUAACGCUACUCACCCCCUUCUACCUAAUCUACAAGCCGCCGUCGCUACUCAUCCGCUACUUUCAACACCGCUGGCCGGACACACUGUGGCACGUACCGCUCCCCAGCUCCAAGAAGCUCAUCGCGCUGACCAUCGACGACGCGCCGUCGGUGCACACCCCCGAACUCCGUGCCGUGCUGGCCGACAACGGCGCCCGCGCGACCUUCUUCCUGAUCGGAUCGCAGAUCCCGGGCCGCGAGGCGGAGCUGCACGAGCUGGUACGGCAGGGCCAUGAGCUGGGGAACCAUGCAAUGCGCGACGAGCCGAGUCGGAGUCUGAGUGACCAGGAGCUGCGCGAGCAGGUGCGGGUGGUGCAGGAUCGCAUUCGCGCGGCGUAUUCGGCGGUUGGCGGGCGGGAGCCUCGCGAGAGGUGGUUUCGGCCCGGGAGUGGGUUCUUCAGUGAGCGCAUGAGGGGCGUGUUGGGCGAGUUGGGGUUCAGGAUUGUCCUGGGCAGUGUGUAUCCGCAUGAUGCGCAGGUGAAGUGGUGGUGGGUCAAUGCGAGGCAUAUUCUGAGUAUGGUAAGGCCGGGCAGUAUUGUUAUUUGUCAUGAUCGGCGCGAGUGGACGGUGCCAAUGCUGAAGGUUGUUUUGCCGGAGUUGAGGCGCAGGGGGUAUGAGAUUGUCACGGUCUCUGAGUUGGUUAGGGCUGGGGUAGAGGCGGGCACGUUUUCUGGGACGUGA